AUGCUCAGCAUUCAAUCCGACAAGAUGAGAGUAGCCACUGUCCUGAUCGCAAGCUUCAUCGGUCUCGCAGCUGCACAGACGGCGACCACAACAGGUGGCAAGACAGCAGAUAAGACGACAAAGAAGCCGCCUUCCGCUAAUGAUCUCAAUCUCGAUGCCGUGCCCGGUCAAGCGUCAUCGCUAGGUCAAUCUGCUGCAGUAUCUGCCAGCCCCACAAAUUCGACCGGCACCCUCUCGGGCGGCGCGACGACAUCGGGUGCGACUACUUCUCCCCCUGUAAAUGUCACGCCUCCCUCUACCGGCGCUGGCGCCGGAACAUCCACCGGUCUCUCGGCCAACGGUUCUCCUACGACGAGCAGUACAGGCACGUCAAGCAUGAGCGGUAUGUCCGGCAUGAGUGGCAUGUCGGGCAUGAGCGGUAUGACCGGUUCGACUGGCACGACGACUGCCAGCUCGGCCUCGCCACCUGCAGGCAAUGCACCACCGCCUGCGACGCCCAAUACUUCUACGGGCUCGCAGGCGAACAAGCCCAAAGGUAAGGCAUCGUCCAACACUGCGCAAAAGGGAGCUGCCUCGAAUGUGGCCAUCAGUCUCGGCCUCACUUCGCUCCUUGCGACAGCAGCUGGUGCAUCACUCCUGUUCUAG